GCUGGGGGACACCAGCAGUCAUCUGUGUGCUUUACAAGUAGUUAAGGUUACUCCCAUUGCUGUCUGCACAAGGACAGAGGGUGCAGGAGUUUCACCUCUCCUCCCGAGAUGCAACCUUUCACAAAUUGUAUCUGAGCAUCUCAUAAGCAGUCACAAAUUUUUCCUCCAAAUACUUACACAGAGAAGGGUUACACAUCCCUGCCGGAAAUCUUCAGUUGUCUAAAAGCAAGCCAGUUCCAGAAUAAGGACAGCAGCAGGUGAUAUAAUGCGGAAACCAGGCCCUCAAAAAGCCAUAGACUGGAAAGAUGGUAAAAAGCACAAGUAUGGCCGCCCGUCAGAGUCUCCCUCCCAGUACCAAGGUCACUUCACCUGGGAGAAAUACCUGAAAGAGACAUGUGCCAUCCCAGCUCCUGCCCAUUGCUUCAAGCAGUCAUACACUCCACCCGCAAAUGAAUUCAAGAUCAGCAUGAAACUAGAAGCCCAGGACCCCAGGAACACCACCUCCACUUGCAUUGCCACAGUGGUGGGUCUGACAGGUGCACGCCUCCGCCUGCGCCUUGAUGGCAGCGAUAACAAGAAUGACUUCUGGCGGCUGGUGGACUCAGCUGAAAUCCAGCCUAUAGGAAACUGUGAGAAGAAUGGAGGGAUGCUGCAGCCUCCACUGGGCUUUCGGCUGAAUGCCUCCUCUUGGCCCAUGUUCCUUCUGAAGACUCUGAAUGGAGCAGAGAUGGCUCCUGUCCGGAUUUUUCACAAGGAACCACCAUCUCCAUCCCAAAACUUCUUCAAGACAGGUAUGAAGCUGGAGGCAGUGGACAGGAAGAACCCUCACUUCAUCUGCCCGGCCACCAUUGGGGAGGUGAGAGGUUCUGAGGUCCUCAUAACAUUUGAUGGCUGGAGAGGUGCCUUCGAUUACUGGUGCCGAUAUGAUUCCCGGGACAUCUUUCCCGUAGGCUGGUGCUCGCUGACUGGAGAUAAUCUGCAGCCCCCUGGGACAAAAGUUGUGAUUCCAAAGAGCCCUUUACCUGCCUCCGAAGUAAACUCGGAGAAACCUAGCAUGCACAGUAGCACAAAGACUGUUUUGGGGCAUCAACAAGGGCAAAGGCGUCGCAAAACAGGGAAGAAGCGUGGUCGAACGACCAAAGCGCUAAUCCAUCACCCCAUGCCUACACCCUCCAAGUCAGUGGAGCCUUUGAAAUUCCCCAGAAAGAGAGGCCCCAAGCCUGGCAGUAAGAGGAAACCUAGGACAUUGCUGAACCCAGCACCCACCUCUCCAACAACCAGUACCCCAGAACCAGACACAAGCACUGUGCCCCAGGAUGCUGCUACAAUCCCCAGCUCUGCCAUGCAGGCUCCCACAGUUUGCAUUUACUUGAACAAGAAUGGCAGCACUGGGCCCCACCUAGACAAGAAGAAGGUUCAGCAGCUGCCGGACCAUUUUGGACCAGCUCGAGCUUCUGUUGUCCUGCAGCAAGCAGUACAGGCCUGCAUUGAUUGCGCUUAUCAUCAGAAAACAGUCUUCUCCUUCUUAAAACAAGGCCACGGGGGAGAGGUCAUCUCAGCUGUGUUUGAUCGGGAACAGCACACUCUGAACCUGCCAGCAGUAAACAGUAUCACCUACGUCCUCCGCUUCCUGGAGAAGCUCUGCCACAAUCUUCGCAGUGACAACCUCUUUGGGAACCAGCCUUUCACUCAGAACAGCCACAUGCAGCGCUCACACGAGUACGACCACGACAGGUAUCUACCAGACAGAAGCAGUUCGUUAGACGGCACUCUGCAGGGACCAGGCCGGGGUACAAAGCGAUAUUCCCAAGAUUCCCCUCCAUACAGUGCUCCUCUCUCCCCCAAGUUACCAAAGAAUGACCGUCACCCUUUGGAAGGUGAAACCUUUGUUCUGGGAGAUGGCCUCCCAGGGCCCUUGGAGCCUCGCCUGGACCCCAUGGACUCAGCCUUGAACUCUGUCAAUUCAUCCAGCCACAGCAGGAGCUCCAGAGACUAUCGCCUGCAAGGAUACAGGCACCUGCACCAACCCUCUAGCCUCACCCAGGGCAGUACCUCUGCCUUGCGUAGGCUUAGCUCUGGGGGCUCAGAUAGAUACCUUGGAUCUCGAGACGUCUCGCGGCUGAGCAGCCGCGACCCCUCGUCCUGGACAGUGGAGGAGGUGAUGCAGUUCAUACGGGAAUCGGAUCCACAGCUGGGACCCCACGCUGACCUCUUUCGAAAACAUGAGAUCGAUGGGAAAGCCCUUCUCUUGCUACGGAGUGACAUGAUGAUGAAGUACAUGGGGCUGAAGCUGGGGCCAGCCCUGAAGCUCACUUACCACAUCGACAAGCUAAAGCAAGGCAAGUUCUGAGAGGACACUUGGCAGGACGGAUCCUGGAAGCUCCGCUCCUGGCCAUCCAUACCCGCGCUCACCUGCUGACAGGUACGCAUGCACACACACCCAUUUACGCCGCAGACGGACACCACGCCGACACCCCGGCCCCGCUGCAGGGGUCCAGCUGCCUGCCCGCCCCUGCGCCAGCAGCCAGGCCCCAGCGGGCGCUCGGGAGGAGGCUGGCACACAGUUGGCCCCGUCCCUUCGCACUGGACUCGAGUCAUGGGCAUCCUGUUGGAAGCGGAGGGUCUCUCCCUGCUGCCCAGCUGGCGCUUCUCCGCAGGCUCCUGGUCCUGCUUCCCUGGGAUGGAGCAGCGGCUCCGGGUAGAGCCCGUGGGGACAGGGCACUCACGCCGGCUCCUCUCCCUCUCGCUGUGGUUCGUGCACUCCCAGUCUCACCUGCUUGGGGCGGCCCUCGGCUCCCAUCCCCUCAGAGGGGCGGUGGGCCAGGGGGGCUGGACACUUUGCGCUUCACCAGGCAGCCUGGCUGCGAGGGGGACGGUGACCCUGACCCACGCUCAGCCCCCGUAUCACCGUGCCGAGCUCAGAGCAACGACUGCCCCCGUGCCCAUCUUCCAUGCCUUGGGGGAGCCCAUCCGCCUGUCCCGGGGGCCGCUCACCUCCCAAGCUCUGCCAGCUCCUCAGCUCCCAGCCUUUCUCCAGCUGGGGACGCCGGGCCGGGAAUGGAGGCCUUUGUAUUUAUUUCUGACUGGGGAGGCUGUGGGGCGGCACACGGCGCUGUCCAGGAGUGUGGAGCGAGCUGUGGGAGAGCUGAGAAGCGUGGCUGGGUCUGGCAUACCCGUGGCAAGGAUGGGCCUGGGUCGGCAUCAGAGACUGGCUGGAUGCUGCAGGACUCGACUGAUCCUUCUCUCCUUUUUUUUUUUUUUGGGUA